AUUAGGUGCUACAGAAACAUGCAGCAUAUAUAACAUUAAGACGUGACUCGGCUUGACGCAGGCUUCAUGCGACGCUCGCUUCUCCUCGACGUUGCGCUCUGCUUGUUCGUAGUCGCGUUCGGGCCGUCGUCUGUACAAUGUCAGCAAGCGCCAUUGCUGCCGGUGCUGACGCAGACAUGGGUCGUGAACGAGACGAUUGUGAACUUCUACAAUCCUGCCAACCGCACCCAGCGCGGUGGCGCGGUGCCUAAGGACGCGGCGCGGUAUGCCAUCCUGGUCAAUGACACGAUGCCGGGGCCCAAGCUGGACGUGGUGGUUGGGCAACAGGUCAACAUCACAGUGCUAAAUCGCCUCAGCAGCGACAGCGUGGCAAUCCAUUGGCACGGCAUUCGCCAGACCAACACGCCCUGGUCUGAUGGGGCGGACUACGUGUCGAUUUGCCCGGCGGACGCCAUCAUUGGCUCCACCUCCUACGUCUUCACGUUUGAUGAGCCGGGCACCUACUUCUGGCACAGCCACAUCGGCAUGCAAAUGGACCAGGGCCUGGUGGGGCCCAUCGUGGUGCGAGAUCCCAACGACCCCCACAUGCACUGGUAUGAUGCAGAGUUCCCGGAGCCGCUGAUGAUCCAGGAAUGGUACUGGGACCCAGUGGGAAUGCUCAAGGCGCCCCACUACCACAACUUCAACACGCUCGAGGCGGCGCUGGUGAACGGCCGCUGCGCCAGCUGCCUGGCGGACGCCUCCGCGCCGCCCAGCAACACCACCACGCCCGGGGCCACCGGGCCCAACAGCUACACCUACUACCCGCCCGUGUACAGUGUGCAGGCGGGGCUGUGCUACCGCCUGCGCCUCAUCAAUGCCAACGGCGACUUCCCGGGCUGGCAAGUGGCUCUGAUGGGCCACAACCUCACGCUCAUUGCCAUGGAUGCGCGCAACCUGCAGCCGGUGCAGGCCGGCUCACUGGUGACGUACGGCGGCAACCGGGCCGAUUUGGUGUUCUGUGCGGACCAGGCGGCAGGCGACUACGCGCUCAGCUUCGGCUCGGUGCAGCAGCGCACGCCCGACUGCCCCUGGUACCCCAACGGCUGCCGCUACCAGGCGCGCGUGAUCAUCAGGUACGGCGGCCGCGACAACGCCACCAAGUCGGCCGUGAACCGCACGCAGCUGGCGGGGCUGCCGUACGUGGAGGUGCUGGAUCCCAUGCGCCGCACAAGUGACUUCGUGCCGCUGGCGCCGCAGCCCGCGCCGCAGCCCACGCGCAGCAUGCGCGUCAAGCUUGGGUUCCUGGCUCAGAGCGGACCUUCUGGCACACUGGCCUUCGCGGCGCCUGUCAAACGCGCCUACGUCAUGCCCAGUUACCCCGUCCUCUUCGCCGGCGGAACGGACGCGCUUCCGCCCACCACCUUCACCAUCCCACAGCCCUCGCCCCCGCCGCCGCCGCUGGGCGGAACAAUCUUCCCCUCGCCGCCACUGCCGCCGCAGCCGCCGCAGCCGGCGGUAGGCACGCCGGCGGCGCAGCCGCUGCCGUGCGGCAUGGACCCUGACACACACACCGUGACGGUGACGUCGACGUCGGAGGUGCUGGAGGUCAUCUUUGACAACCUGUCCGACAACCCCCACAACAUGCACAUGCACGGGGGUGGCUUCUACGUGCUGGGCACGGGUGUGGUCGCGGAGAGCGGCUGGCUGGGCGACAUCGCCAACCAGACCCUGUGCCCACCCGAGCUGGCGGAGCACGCAGACCCGGGGUGGCAGGCCAAGGACGCGGUGUCCUAUCAGCGCUUCUGGGGCUGCACCUUCAGCAACAGCUCUGCCGACCGCGCCAGUAAGCUGGCGAGCGCAACGCCCUACGUCAGUGACAUGGUCAUCGUGCCGCCGCGCGGCUGGGCGGUGAUGCGCAUCGCGAACUGGCACUCCGGGGUGUGGCCGCUGCACUGCCACACCAACCAUCACGGGAUGCGCGGCAUGUCCAUGCUGCUUAACGUGCUGCCGGCGCAGCGGCCGCCGCUGCCCACCUGGGUGGACCCCUUCUGCGGGCCCUGCUCCGCCCACGCGUCGCUAGGCACGCUGGCGCCGUUUCUGAACCUGUCCAGUAGCGUACAGGAGGACCGCAGCCAUGACAGCCACGGCGGCGGCGCGGCGGAGGGCAGCGUUCUUGGGAUGUCCGUAGCCCUGGUGGUGGCACUAGCAGCGCUCCUGGGCGUGAGCAUCGCUUUGGUGCGGGCGCGGCGGCGGCUGCGGGCGGCGCAGGCGCAGGCGCAGGCGCAGCUGGGGUGGGGGCAGGACGGGGCACUGGGGCUGGGGGCAAUGGCUGGGAAAGGAGAGGGCGUGACGCCGGGGGCGGGGUCGCUGCUUCUGGCGCCUGAAGGCCAAGGCAGUGAGCGCAGUGCACCUGUAUGAUCAAGAUGUGAGUGCGGUUGGUGUGACUUGGCUUGCAUAUGCCGCUGC